UAUAAGUACUAUAUUUCUAUUUAAUUCUGAUAUCUUAAUUUCCAUUAUGCUAGUACUGAUACUUUACAAUCACCUUUGAAACACUAUACGAUCACUUUUGAAACACUAUACGAUCACUUUUCUUGUUUAAAGUUAGGCAAUAUUAUUACGCUGCUAAACAAUAAGUAUUUGGAAUCAUUUGGCACUUUUGCCAACUUAAAUUUAUCCCAUUCUGUUUGUUAAUUGCUAUUAACUAGUGUCCUGUUAAUUAACAUGUUUAUGACGUCACUUUAUGACGUCAAACUUGAACGAACACUUGGACGUGAAGGUUGACGUCAUAAAAGACAAGAAGCGCUCUGACCACCAUUGCGAUAAUGUCACGUGCGGGAUUUUAUAAAGACGAACCCUGUGAGGUCAAAGGAUGCAACUUUAAGCAAAGGACAAUAAGAAGCUAUCAGCGCCACUAUGAGGAGAGGCAUAGGCCGACAUGCUCGCAGUUUAAGUGUAACUUAUGUGUUGAGAGUUCCCCUCAGUUUCUGAGAAGGGAUAGUUUCGUCAAACAUCUCAGGGGAGUUCAUUUUCUUUCUGGUUCUGCCCUUUCUUAUCAUCUGUCACUUAAUAAACCUUCAAAAUUAUUUAAUCCAUUGUAUAUUCCUCCUGGAGAUGUUCUUCCUCCUUCUCUUGGAGCUGGUCUCCAGCCAUUCUUAUAUGUUAAUAUGAAGGAAGACUAUUCACGGACAAUUACUGCCCUUGAAGACCUAGAUACUUCUAAUUUACCCAUGGAGUCCGUAUCUGUCUGUAAUCCAACGACUUCGCUCAAUUUGACAUCUGAUAAGUUACAAGAGUCAUCAGGUUCUGCUAGUCCCACAUGUACAUUUGAUCAUGUCGAACCAACAUAUCCAGUUUUGUCUGCACCUGCUAUGCCCGAUACACUUGAAGGGCUCUAUAAUUUCACUUCGUUUUGUUCUGAUGUUAUUGUUGAGUACAGUGCUGCCUUGGGAAAGGCAAUGCACAAACUGGAAUCUUUGUCUGAAGUAGAUAAAUUAAAACUUAAAGCACUGGAUGAAAAAAAGAAUCAGUCAAACAAGUAAACAAGUUGUUCUUUUAACAACUGUAUUUUAUGUGUUACCAUACCAUGUUGUUUAUUUUCAUUAUCAGGUUGGAACACCGCAGUCAAUUGUAAUGUAUAUAGUUUAUUUAUUUUGUGUAAAUAAACUACAUAACUUCUAUUUGUAUAUUUACAUAUUAUUAAAUGGAUUAUUAAAAAUAAAUAGUUCUAUGCUCGGGCCUCUAUGAAUUUUUGCUAUUUGCUUUGAUCAUAAUACAGAAAGUUACAUUUAGACUUUAGUACAUUAAAGUUCUUUUAUUCGAAAGUGUACAUGUAAUUUAAAUUUAAAAUAAAUUGAUUAUUCAUUAAUUGAUUGUAACAACUUGGAUUGUUUUAAUGUUAAUGUUACUCUCUUUUAAGGAGAUGUGGUUACAAUCUAAUUAUUAGUAACUUACAUGAUGUUUGCCUAUUGUAGAGUUGACAUGGUAGCUUUGUAUGUAAUUGUCCAAAUACCAGGACCAGAUUAACAGAAGAAAGUUGUUUCACACUGCACUGGAUAACGUUUUUUUUUUGCAUAUAUGUAUAAUUAAAUUUCAUUCAUUUCAAGGUGUCUGGUUACUUCUGGGAUAUAAUCAUCAAUUCCAGCAAUUGUUUAUAAGUUGUUAUUGGUAUUCUCUGAACUGCUAUUGCAAAAUCAAAUGUCUAAACAAUAUUUCAUAUGUUUUCAGAGCGUAAUCCUGCCAAUUCUUUUCUGGUACACUUGCGAAUUGUUCAACUUUGGAAGUCUUCCAUACUAUACCACGUUCGGAACAAGAUAAAAGAAAGACAAACACACCCACAGAGAAAAAGACGGCUUAAAACUUAUAAACAUUCUAACUUUUUUUAAUCGCGACACAUGGAACUGUUCCUCCUUUGUGAAGAGUCAAUUUAAUUAAUAAACCCAAAGUCACUUAAACUACAGACAAGAACUUUAAUAGGCAUGAUCGAACAUUUACUUACGUUAAAUUUUAAUUGAUCUUGUAUAUAUGUGAUGUUGUUAAUAUAGACGUUUUAGAUGUUGUGAAACGUUAAUGUAUUAAGCUGCAAUAUUUUAUGAAUGUUUACUUGUAUGCUUGUUGAAUUUUAUUUGUGUACUUGGAUUUAUUGUUAAUUGUUAGCCAGUCUCUAAUAAGGUGUGUUGCAUAACUGUUAUUUAUUUAACUUACACAUUAUUUGGUCAUUUUGACCAAUGUACAUUGAUCUAAGGUAGGGGGAGUGUAAUAGAUGACCAAAUUUACUUUAUAUAAGUACUAUAUUUCUAUUUAAUUCUGAUAUCUUAAUUUCCAUUAUGCUAGUACUGAUACUUUACAAUCACCUUUGAAACACUAUACGAUCACUUUUGAAACACUAUACGAUCACUUUUCUUGUUUAAAGUUAGGCAAUAUUAUUACGCUGCUAAACAAUAAGUAUUUGGAAUCAUUUGGCACUUUUGCCAACUUAAAUUUAUCCCAUUCUGUUUGUUAAUUGCUAUUAACUAGUGUCCUGUUAAUUAACAUGUUUAUGACGUCACUUUAUGACGUCAAACUUGAACGAACACUUGGACGUGAAGGUUGACGUCAUAAAAGACAAGAAGCGCUCUGACCACCAUUGCGGUAAGCCGUUGUUUUCAUUUCUCGGAAGUUUUCCGAUUUUCUUUUAUUUCCCCUACCUUAUUUAUUUUAUAUGCAUGUUAAUUAUGAAAUAUAAUGACUUAAAUAUUUAAUACAAUUCAUAAAACUUA